UAAUGGAAAAGAGAUUAAGGUUAUGACGGUUAACAGAAACCAUUUCCAAGCAGCACCACAUUUUGGUUUUUUAAUAUUUUAAACAAAUUGCUUACAAUUUUUUUUAUCUCAAAUUAAAAAAAUGAGUGCAAAUAACAUUAUAGAAAUAGAAUUGAGUGAUGAUGACAGUGAUAGUUCAUCUGUUGUAGAAAUAGAAUGCGUACUAGCACCAAGGAAAACUGAUCGAAAUGUAACCAAGAAUGAAGGUAAUUUUAUUGAUACUGGUUUACCAAAUCCCAAUCAAAUAAAAAUUACAAGAAUUGAAUCAUUGAGCGGAAAGGAACAUUACUGGACGGAUGAUGUAAAACCUAUAAAACCAGCUACGCUACCAGAAGUUUUAACGCCGCCAGACGAUUCAUCUUCAAAUUCCUUGUUGAAAUUUCAACAAAAUUCUGCUACUGGUCAAUUCAAUCUUGUACUUCUAAAAGAAGAAGAAACUGCUGAAUUCGCUGAAGAAUCUGAAAUGAUCAACUUAUCAUCUGAUUUAGACUAUCAUAAUGGAGAGUUUAACUCAACGUCAAGACAUCAUAAAAUUUAUCAAUGCAUGGAGUGCGACUUUGCUGCAUUCAGUAAAACGAGUUUCAAAACACACACCGAAGCUCAUAAUAAUAAUAACUCAUUCAAGUGUCCUAAAUGUCCAUUUAUUGCUAUUAACAAAGGCACUUUCAGGACACAUUUUAUAUGUAAACAUAGUAAUGUUAAAAAGCCGUAUCAAUGUCAAAUUUGUCAUUUUUCAACAUACUUUCAAUCAGCUUUACAGCAACAUAUUAAAAUUCACGGUGCAGACCGCUCAUACGAAUGUCAAUACUGCCCAUACGCUGCCAUUUCUAAAAGUUACUUGGCAAUUCAUCUUCGCAAUCAUUUUACUCAGCCUAAGUAUCCAUGUAGUGUAUGUUCUUUCUCAGCGUUAUAUGCAGAUCAAUUAAAAAAUCAUUUCAUUUGUCAUAAGUCAUAAUUCUUAGUAUCAAUUUAAAACAAACAAUUGAUACACUGAGUACUAAAUUUUAUUAAAACUACUUAGUGCAAUUAUUAAUCA